AUGGCAGAAGACCAAACUGUGUACCGCACUCAUUCAAUUAUUCACACUCAGCGUAUUUUGAGUGAGGAGAUCCAAUCUUUCACAUGGUUCUCCUCUGCUAUUCCACCAUUUGAGGACACAGCAGCUAUUACAGCACAGAAGACCGAGGAAUAUUAUCUUCCAACAUUUGAUCAAGAACAAGGCUCGACUCAGGGCAAUAUGCUUGUCUUGGAGCAUUAUUUCGGAAAGGUUCUCGACAUUCCCAAAGAAACAUUUGAACACACAAUGUUCACUGUUCUCGGAGAUCGUUUGACAACAGUACGCGACCAUGCAGCUCAGGACCAGUGUGCUGUAGAUCGUUCAACACAUCGCUUUGACCAUCUUUCGAGCUUUUCUAUGGUCAGCGGCCUCAUGCAUUUUUGCUUGAACUUUAUCCAUGCAGUCGGAGGCAAUUAUUGGGGUGACAAAAACACAGAUGCAGUAAGCCUGUCGACUUUACUUGCAUCCCUACCCAAUCGCAAAGAUAUCAAUCUCCGGAAGGUUGAUUACUAUGCAUGGCUGCGCUUUCUUGAUGUCAUUCUACGAGGACUGGUGAUUCAAGCUGCAUUGAAAAUUUGUGAUAUACGGACACUCGACAAUUUCAAGUUGUCAAACAUCAAUCUUGGAGUCCGCACUUAUGCACAAUUUGUGGACCUUGCAACUUCUGUUGUUGAUUCAUUUUUACUGCCCUCAGCCUUCCGUCUUGAGAACCUUGGAAUAAAAACACUCAAAGGGAACACUCAAUCUGGUCAUUCCAUCCUCCUUAUGCACGACCUCAUGACACUCCGAGAAAUGCAACAUGCAAUCAAGCAUGGCCAUCCACAGCGCAUUUCUCGAAUGAUCAAAUAUUGGCUUCCGAUGUUUUAUGCGGCUGGCAGUCAUAACUAUGCAAAUGAGUGCAUGGAACUCCUGCACAACGUCACUCAUGACUGGCCAAAAGAUUAUGCCAGUGUGGCUUUCAACGGCAUGCUUGUCAAUCCCUCAGGAAAGCCAGAUGGAUGGAAACCAACAGAUAUCCGUGUCGAACACCUUAAUGACAAAAUCAAGGAGCGAGCACAUGGGUCCAAUGCAACUCCAGAUGUAUUAGAAAAAACAACUCCAGCUCUGGGCCAUGUUCAAAUUCUGACUGACCGCCUUUUCGAAGAUUUAGGCAUUGAAAAAAUUAACCAAGAACACGCUAAGGUCUUACAGCAUAAAGACAUUGAGAUCGUGGCCAAAGUCUUUCACAAGGCAAAAAUCUUCGACUUUGCAGCUGAUAAACCCUCCAAACAUGCAGUGGUCGAUCUGUACCACUAUGGAUGUCAGCGCCUGGCCGGGACUAACGGAGGGCAUGCAAAACAUCUCAAUCGACACAUUUUACGGCUUCGGUCUCGCCACGACACUGGAAGCGCAGAUAUUGCAGAACCUGACCCGGAACUCAUGCUCGCAACGGAUGCCAUUCCAAGAAACUACACGAUGGGAUCUGAGAACGAUGAAGUAACAGAUCUUGUUGCUCCAGGAGGCACGGUCGACAACGAUGAGAUAUAUGAUACGGAUAAUGAUUAA